UAACAAUGACCACUAAUGAUUUUGCUUUGUUGUUAAAUAAAUUCAUCAAAUGCAAAAAAAAACAAAUUGAAAUUGAACAACUAAAUAAAAAAUUGUCCACUGAAGAAGAAACAAUAGAACAAGAAAUUGAAGUUGAUAGAUCAUUUCCCAUGCAAGUUGUGCAAAUGACCAAAUUUUUAUUUGCUCAACAAAGGCAACAAAAUGAAAAG